UCCGCUCAGCGCACCGAGCCAGCGCCUUCUCCGCACCAGGAAAGCCCCACACACGUGCAGCCAAGAUGUCCAGUAAACGGGCCAAGGCCAAGACCACCAAGAAGCGACCACAGCGGGCCACAUCCAACGUCUUUGCGAUGUUUGACCAGUCCCAGAUCCAGGAGUUUAAGGAGGCCUUCAACAUGAUCGACCAGAACCGAGAUGGCUUUAUUGACAAGGAGGACUUGCAUGACAUGCUGGCAUCAAUGGGGAAGAACCCCACGGACGAGUACCUGGAGGGCAUGAUGAGUGAGGCCCCGGGGCCCAUCAACUUCACCAUGUUCCUCACCAUGUUCGGGGAGAAGCUGAAUGGCACGGACCCCGAGGACGUGAUCCGCAACGCCUUUGCCUGCUUCGACGAGGAGGCCUCAGGUUUCAUCCACGAGGACCACCUUCGGGAGCUGCUGACCACCAUGGGUGACCGCUUCACAGACGAGGAGGUGGACGAGAUGUACCGCGAAGCACCCAUUGAUAAGAAAGGCAACUUCAACUACGUGGAGUUCACCCGCAUUCUCAAACAUGGUGCCAAGGACAAAGACGACUAGGCCACCCCAGUCCCCCAUGCCAGGCCCCUGUCCCAGUCACGUGCUGCCCCGUACACUGUCUGCACCGGCUCUAUGCCCAUGAGCCCACAGGACCCUCUCAGGGGCUCCUCCCUCUUAGGGGUUAGGAGCCCAGCUCACAGGGGAGGAAACAGGCCGAGAGCACACAGUGCCAGGCAAGGGGCACAUCGCCAGUGCAAGGCAGGUGUUCCCACCAUGAACCUCCAAGGAAACACCAUCUUCUUGGGAGCUAGGCCAGAGGGCUGGACCUGGAGGCACCAACAGACAGCCCCUCAAGAAAGCCCAGGCCUCAGGUGUUGCCUGCCCACUCCCAGGCUGCUCCCCACAGGAAGGGCCCUGCAUCCUGGUCUGGGAAGCCAUGUCAUGUGCACCCCCAUGCAGGGCAUGAAAGCCCUUCCCCAGCCACUGUCACAAACACACCAACCUCACUAAGGUCCCUUCUCAGAGGACAGGAUGCCAGACCCCUCCCCUGCACCCUGCCCAGCCACCAGGACACCACCCCUCACAGCAUGCUCCAGAAGAUGCAUGUAGAGUGGACAUUUGUCCCCAAGAGGCAGAAUCUCUAAUAGAAGGCUGAGCACUGCUUCAGGUCUGUGUGUCUGUGGUUGGGGUGAAAUAAAGGAGCCUGUAGGCCCCAAA